UUGUCGUCCUUGAAUGCAUCUCACGUCACGCAAAUGGCCGACGUUGUAAACAGAGCCGCAAUUUUGAGGCCAGCGUCCAAACAUCUUCAACGAUGAACAACAUCGAAUGUGAACGCCCUGACAGCCUGGAUGAAUGGGUGGCGGUCAAAAGUAACAUAUUCGAAGAAGCCGAUGUGUUUAAACUGGGUUUUAUCGUCCAGUGGAACGUCAUCGAGUGUAGGUUCGCUGUCACCUGCCACAACAGGACAUUACAACGGCGGAGGCGCAAAGAAGAAUUUGGCGUGACGGGGGAGCAUCAAAGCAGCUGGGCCGGACUCUUUUCCGUGAGCGAUCUAAAACACAUCCAUCAGCAGCUGACAUGUGUCGGCGAUGUGUUGGCGGCUUGCUUUCCCGACUUGUCCGAGUUCGAAGAUGGCAGCAUUUGGGAUGUGCUCUUCCCAAGUCGGAAGUACGCUUCGGACGACGAGUGGAGGGACUCGGACGCGCCAUGUCGGAAGCUGGAAAAAUAUUUCAGCACCGCCAUCGACGUUUGCGGGAGGACUAUAGUACUCGACACGCUUUUCUCCCAGGAUGCGCGUGACGUGGAAGACUACUUUGAGAAUCUCCAAGAGUUCAAGAAGAAGAGCAUGCACGACGAGAUGUCAAGGUCGAAAGGUCACCUGCGGCAGCUGCUGCAAAGUCAUGAUGGUGCAGACCGGAUGGUCACCCUGCUGGCUAUCUACGCACAAGAGGAUGAGGCCUACCAAGAUCUGGUCACUGUGGCCACCACCUUCUUCCAGUAUCUGCUGCAGCCUUUUAGAGACAUGCGAGAGCUGGCUAGCCUCUACAAAAUGGAGAUUCUGAAAUCGCUGGAGUUUGAUGACUUGGGUCCCAAGAGGAUUGAAGCUCUGGAGAGAGAGGCGGAGGAGUGGAGGGCCAAAGCGGAAGAUGCAGUCACCUCAAUUCAGGACAUCACAGUCACCUACUUUGCACAGACUUCCAAGGCCCUAGCUGGUAUGGUGAAGCAGAUGGAGGAGGAUAAGCGCCGCUUUGGAGCCGCCGCGUGGGCUUCUGCGGCCCCUCGACUGGAGAAAUUGCGCUUCCUACUGGCCAAAGAAUCACUGCAGCACAUGAGAUCAACAGAGAUGUGUUUGAACAGCAAGAAAGCCAGCAUUAAAAAAGAGUUUGUCAACUUGAUUGGCAGAGACCAGAGCCGGUCAGCAGAUGUUGGUUCUGAGUCUGAGCAAGGCCAGGAGCAGGACUCUGUUGACCGACUGGAGUUUAAGUUCUACGAAACCCAGUUGGAAUUGUACAACACCAAGUUUGAGAUUCUGAAAAACGAGGAGCAGCUGCUGGUGACUCAAACGGACACUCUGCGGCGUCAGAUUAGAGAACUAAAGGAGGAGGUGGUGUAUUAUGAUGUGUGUGAGGAUCAAGAGGAGCUUCAUAGCAUGGUCCACACAGGACUUCAACACACGGAGUCCCCGGCCAUCCGUCAACUUCGAAGACGUCUGCAGAACCUGGAGAUCAAGAGGGGCAAUAUCUGUGCUCGGCGAGCUUACCUGCGCAACAAAAAGGACCAGUGUGUGGAAGCCCACAAGCAGAAGCAGCUUACAGCCGAGCACAGCUCCAUAGUCUUUGCCCAGCAUCAUCACGUCCACUUGAAAAGAGAGAAGAGGAAAGAGGAGGAGCAGAGGAGGAAGCAGUGGGUGGACCAGGAGCGAGAGAAGACUCUGAACAGAUUACGAUCCUUCAGAGAGAAGCGACAGGGUCAGUAUGUCCUGAAGUCCCGGUGGUCCCCCACAGAGUCAUCCCAGCCACUUUCCAUCAUCAGCCUUGGCCCACCUCCCUCCUCUGAUGGGCUUCCAUCCAUCCGCCCUGCACCAAAACGCAAAACAUUUGCUGUCAAACCGGAGCCUCAAGACAUGCCAAUCCAAAUUCACUCAUCACCGCCACCUCCACCUAAAAACAGCUCGACGGUAGCCACGACACCACCGCCACCUCCACCUCUUCCUCCCCCGCCACCACCCCCUCCUCCAUUCAGCACUUCCUGUCAGGACAAACCAAUGGCGCUCAUGGACCAAGAAGAAUCUAAUUUUCCAGCCAAGAGCACUCUCACACAAAAUAUAGGAACCAUGGAUGAAGUAUUAGCCUCACUGCAACGUGGACAGAUCCAGCUUCGAAAGGCUGUCGGACCCAGGACGCCUUCCUCCAUCACAGACCCGAGAAGCAGCUUGAUGUCGGCCAUCCGACAAGGAGUCAUGUUGAAAAAGGUGCUGCCGGCUCGCUCCGACGUGCACAGCGCCAGGCCAGACAACGAGCUGGAGCGCAGCAUCAAAGCCGCCAUGAUGAGGAUGAAGAAGGUGUCGGCCGACUCCGAUGACGACGACGACGACAAAGGAGAUGAGGACGGACAGAAUGGAGACUGGGACAGUUGAGGACGUCUACACAUGCAUACACACAGCUACUCUUCCAACACCUAUGCUGUUUAGUAGACCUAAGUUACAGCCAAAUUUGUGCAUGGAAGUUUGCCUAAAUUGUUUUUCUGUCAUCAUCAUCUGUUAGUCAACUUUUAAAUUGAAAUGUCACGAUCGGGAUUUGACUCUUCCCUUUGUAUUUGCAAACGAGGGGAUUUAAUAGAGUAGUAUGGAAAGCUGUUUGAGCUUUUGUUCCAUAGCCUUGGCAUCCAAUUGAAGGGGUCCAGUAGGGUUGCUACUCGGUCAUGAAACCGCUUAGCCAUUGUGGCUAAAAAGAAUAAAUAUCUCUCAAUCGCACUUGAGUCAGAUUAGCUACAUCUCAUUUAUGAUUCACAUUUAUGUUUUGCCUUGCAGAGAUGUAGCCCAGAUAAAACAAACACUUCAGGAAUAUGUACUUUCCACUUCCAAGUUAUUAUCAAUAAGGAAGUGGCAUUUGUACUCUAUUACCAUAGCUGUCUUUUCAAUUUUGCACAUAUUGGACAUUAAUCUUCCAGCAUUAUGUAUUUCGAUAAAAAAAACAACACACACUUUGAAACACGUGUUGGACUAUGUUUUUUUUUUAUUUAACAUUUAUUUCCAACACAUUGAAAUGUAAUCAUUACUUUAGUGUAUUUUUAUUUUCCUGUAAUCAAGAAAAGCAAUCAUGAUUGAACUGUGCAUACUGUUAGAAUAGUACAUUCACACUUUUUUUUUUAACUAGUUUGAUGUUGGUCAUUAGGGUUGUACUUGGAACGCUAGAGAAGCUCUGCCUUAGUUCAGUGUUGGAUGUUCAUUAAAUUGACAGUAUUAUUAUUAGAGACAUCCUUUGUGAUGUCUGUAUCGCAAUUUUAAACCCUUGGAACCUACUAUUUCAACUAAAUUACCCAUUAGUGACCAGUGUAUUAGUAUGUACAUAUAAACAUUAACCAGGAGGUUGAAUAAAAGUUCAAACAGCUUUCCAUGGAAAAACUAUGCAGCAUUCGUACUGUAUGGCCUGAAUUCAAUUAUUAGUUACGCAAAGCUACUAUUCUUCUUGCUCUUAUUGUAUGUUUUUGUUUGCUGUUCUCCAGUAUUAUAGGAAUGUAAUAGAAAAUGAUGACCUCGUCUAAGGCACAUUACUUACUGUAGAACUUUCUGAGCUAAGGAAAAAAGAAAAAACACCGCCAUACUAAAAGGUUGCACAGAUAGAAUCUGCAGUGAUAACCUGACUUACCAGUGCCGAGCUCCUAACUUUGCUUAUAUAAUAUUUCACUUAGCCCAAGGUCAUGAAUUUGUAAUGUGAUGAGCUGCUGCCAUUUUUUGGGGAAAAUAUUUUUGAUGCCGCAAUGAUUGUAUGACAGUCAUGUGAAGUUGGUUGUUUAAAUAAAUCUAACCUGUACCGCUGA